ACAAAAGUCAGCUGUUCAUAUUUUAUAAAAAUAUUAUAAUUAUGUAAAUUAAAAUAUUCUUCCAGUGAGAUAGUGUUAUAUUUUUUUAACUGUCAAUGUUAAAAUUGUUCUUCGUUUAAUUUCCAAUAGUAUGGUAAAAAAAAAUGAUAAAAGUGUCAAUUAUUUAAUUUGCAGUACAUUUUUAGGUAAAUUUUACCAUUUUAAAUAUUAUUAAACAAGUUAUUGUUACCAGUUUUAUAGUACUGAUUGCCUUUAUAAUGAUUUAUAAAUAUUUACUAAAUAAAACGCGAUCACUGAGAUGUUCAAAAGGUUUACUGUCAAAUUUUGAGGUUAUGUCAAGGAAUCGGUUAUGUUGCUCUUAUAUUCAAGGACAAUCUCCAGAGCCCCGGGUUCGAGAAUAUUUUUAUUAUAUUGAUCAUCAAGGAAUGUUAUUUCUGGAUGACACUAAAAUAAAAAACUUUACAUCAUGUUUCAAAGAUAAACAAUUUUUGGUUUUCUUCUUUCGGAGAUUGCGUUUAAAUAACACUGGACGUUAUUCUCAAGACUUUCCAUUUGUAUCAUUAUGCGGUCGAGAAAGAAAUUUCAUUAGAUGUGACGAUCUUCCAAUUGUAUUCACGCAUAUUAUUGAAAAAAUUGACACAACACAUGAAAUCACCGAUGAACAAUUUAGUUACGGUCAUGCUGGCGAACUAUUAACAGUUCCUUUUGAACCGAGAAAAAUUUUUAUGAAUCCUGCAACUGGCAGAGUAUAUCAUCCAGCACCAACUCUCGCUGGAGGAAUUGGCCUUGUAAAAUCUAGUUUAGCAAUUGAAUUUAGUUCUUAUUUUUCGUUUGACAAUGGAGAGGAACACGGACCUACUCAAUUCUUAUGGCGAAAUAUGAAAUACGAUCUCGAUACCAAAUGGUAUAAAGACAAAUCACUUAAACUCUCCUAUAAAUUGUGAUUUAUUUUUUUCUGUAUAUAGUAUAUAGUAAAAAAAAAAAGCUGUAAAAUAUUUUUUUUGUAAAACUGUUGAUUGUUGAAGUAUCUUAGCUAAUAAAUUGUUUGAUACUUUCUCUAA